UCAGCAAAGUAUUAGGUCUUUUGCAGUGCACAAACCUUUUCUCAAACAUGCAGCCUAGUAUGAUAUUAAAUUUGCUUGACCUAAAGGGCUUCAUGCUUUUUCUUGUCAUAUUCCUUCUAAUUGUCGACUACCUGAAGAAUCGAAAACCUCCCAACUAUCCCCCGGGGCCACUGGCAUUGCCCUUUGUGGGAAACAUCUUCAAUAUUGACUCCAAACAACCACAUAUUCACCUAACCAAGAUGGCUGAGGUUUAUGGCAACAUUUUUGCUUUGCGUCUGGGCCGAGAGGAGACUGUGUUUGUCACUGGCUAUAAAAUGGUGAAAGAAGCUCUUGUGGUUCAAGCUGAGAACUUUGAGGAUCGUCCCUUUAGCCCAUUGGCUGAUAGAGUCAGUCAAGGACAUGGGGGUCUGUUCCUCAGUAGUGGACAUAAAGGGAGAAGGCAUCGUCGUUUCACGCUGACCACACUCAGAAACUUCGGCCUGGGGAAGAAGACGAUGGAGAAUGCCAUCUGUGAAGAGUGCCGCUACCUUCAGGAGGAGAUGGAGAGCCAAAGAGGUGAUCCAUUUGAUCCGAAAGUUCUUCUCAUCAAUGCAGUUUCCAAUAUAAUUUGUCAACUGGUAUUCGCACGGCGGUAUGAUUACACUGAUGAUACUUUCAAGAGGAUUAUUCAUUUAAUGGACAAAGCAAUAGGACUAGAAGGAACAAUAUGGGGCCAGCUAUACGAGGCCUUUCCUGCCAUAAUGAAACACCUGCCUGGGAAACACAAUGAUAUUUUUACCCACUUUGAACGCAUUCAUGCAUUCAUAAGGAAAGAGGUGGAGAGACACAAGGACAACUUUGACCCAGAGAACCCCAGAGACUACAUUGAUGCCUACCUCACUGAGAUGAAGAGUGGUUCAUGUGACCCCACCGAUGGCUUUGAUGAAACCACCCUGGUUCUAAACUCAAUGGACCUGUUUCUUGCUGGGACAGAAACCACCGCCACCACCCUGCUGUGGGCCCUGCUGAUCCUGAUCAAAUACCCAGAUGUACAGGAGAAGGUGCAAGCAGAGAUUGACCAUGUAGUUGGGCAGUCACGCCAACCCAGCAUGGCUGACCGAGCCAAUAUGCCGUACACUGACGCUGUGAUCCACGAGAUUCAGAGAGUAGGACAUGUUAUUCCUCUGAAUGGUAUGCGUAAGGCUGCAGAAGACACAAUACUGGGAGGAUACUUUAUACCCAAGGGAACAGCUCUGAUGACCAUAUUGACAUCAGUGCUGUACGAUAAGUCUGAAUGGGAAACACCAGAGGAAUUCAACCCAGGUCACUUCCUGGACUCUGAGGGCAAGUUCAGGAGACGAGACGCAUUCAUGCCCUUCUCUGCAGGAAAGCGGGCAUGCCUUGGGGAACAGCUGGCUAGAAUGGAGUUGUUUUUGUUUAUUGUGAGCCUGUUUCAGAAAUUUAAGUUUUCCACGCAAGAAGGAGUCGAGCUAAGCCUGAAAGGACGUGUGAAAUUUGCGCACACCCCAUUCCCUUUCAAAAUAUUUGCACAUACACGCUGACAGAGCAUUGACCUUUUGAAUACAUUAAACUUAUGCAAGUAAAAUGUAUCAAAUGUAUACAUCACAGAUGUAUUAUAUGCUUAUUUUUAGAGGAAAAAGUCAAGCAUCUUAACAAGAAUAAGGGAAAUGCAAAUGGUUAAUAUUACAGUAAUGGUUUGUGCUCACUUCUUUUAUCAACAAAAGAUGAAUUAUAGCACGAUUUUUACUGAUGUUUGCUCAAGUUAUCUCUUAGGCAAUCAAAGGCAUGAAAAGUGGCGCGUUAAAAUUUUGUCUAUGUCUGUAGAAAUUUUCAUGUUUCAUAUAAUUAAAUUGAUGAAAAA